CCGCCCCCCCUCCCCCCGCGUAACCACGUGACCAUGAGCGACCUCGCACUUCCGCCUCGGUAGCUGUCAUGGCGGCCAGGCCGGGUUCAGGUGAGGGCGGAGCGAGACACGUGACCUCCCCGCCCGGUGCCUGAUCCUGCAAAGGGCUUUCUGUGAGCCUGGAUUCUUACCCCCAUGGGGAUUCCCACUGGAGUGCUGCAGAAAUGAGUGGGGGCCUUGGGUCCUCAAACUCCAGUGCAACUGCGUCAAACACCAUGUUCCAGAGCAAAGGCAGCUCCCUUGAGGACAACCUUCUAGGAGGGAUUGCCAUGUAACAGCAGAGCAGAAAACAAAUUCCAGCCCGUUACGAAAGGUACAGGCCGGCUCGCUGUGCACGGGGCAGAGGUUAACGGUGCUUGGGACACUGCACUCACCCUUCAGGCUCUCUUCGUUCAUUCCCCCAAGGCUUUGGGGAGGAUGAUCCCACCUGGGAAAGCGCUUUGUGCUGCUGGGAUUGUAGUUGGGCUCCUGGCUUUCUUCUGGAGAGACACCUUUAACCCAGACAGCAUCUCUGGUGCCCGAGUUCUCCUGACCGGAGCCAGCACUGGGAUCGGAGAGCAGAUGGCAUAUCAUUACUCCAGGUUUGGUGCUGAAAUAGUUCUGACUGCCAGGAGGGGAACCCUGCUGCAGAAAGUGAUGGAGAAAUGCCUGAAGCUGGGAGCAAAGAAAGUCUUUUACAUCCAGGCCGAUAUGUCUUCCCCUCAAGCCCCGGAAGAGGUGGUGCAGUUUGCUUUGCAAAAACUGGGGGGACUGGAUCACCUGGUGCUGAACCACAUUGGCGGGACCCCUUUCCGGAUGUGGGACGGAGACGUGGAACACACCCGCUGGCUCAUGCAGGUGAAUUUCCUGAGUUACGUGGCCUUGGCAUCUGCAGCUCUUCCCAUCCUGGCUGAGAGUAAAGGAUCUCUGAUGGUGGUUUCUUCCCUCACAGGGAAAAUCUCAACUCCCUUCACAACCUCUUACUCUGCCACCAAGUUUGCUCUGGACGGAUUCUUUAGCUCCCUGCGCCAUGAGCUCGCCAUGCAGAAGCAAGAUGUGUGCAUCACACUCUGCAUCUUGGGGCUGAUCGACACCGAAGCGGCUUUGGAGAAGACGAGGUGGCUGCAUUCCAGAGUUGGGAGAGGAGAUGGCUGAGGAGUUUGGCCAUUGACCUCAAUGGGUGCGGCAGCUGGACCACAGUUGGUGAAGAGCUUUGGGAUCCUUCGAGAUGCAAAUUACCAAGCAAGGCAUGGUCUUCUAGAGUGGGAGUUAGCCACCAGUGCAAACCCCUAGAUGCAAGCCCAUGGCAGUGACACUGGAUGGGUCGGGGGAAUAGUUUAAUCUGAGGAGUCAGUUGCCAGCUGGAGGUUCUACAGCCGAAGAAGUCACACAUUGGAUUGGUUUUGUGUCGGUGGCAUUUCGGCAACUUCAGAGGCCUCUGUUCGGGUGGCAGGGAUGUCUGUGUGACAAGGAAGAUAUGGGUAUUCAACGGCGUAAUGAUGACACUGUCAUAUGGGGCAGAAACAUGGCCGGGGAGAGGAAUGGAACAGUUUUCAGCAUCAAAAGUUCCGGCAUAUUCAUCGCAUCGGUUGGCUUGAUUUUGUCACAAAGGAGGAGACGCUUAGACAACCCAGGCGCAUUGCGGUCUUGCAGCAGUUGGGAACUAGAUGAGUGCAGUGAGGGGGGCGGGGAUCAUGUCCAAACUGCAGAGGAAAGUCCGCUUUUACUGAAGAUUUAUAGUGCGGAGGUCAAAGAAAGUAGAACAUGAGGCCCACCUCGAACAAGGUUGGAAGAUGCAACUUGGAAGGAUUUAAGGAACCUAAAUCCUCCCAUAAUGACUCUUGCUGAAGGACGAAGGCUUGCAAGGGACUGUUCAAAAAGGAAAUCCAUUGCACGCACCGCUCUGGCUACAUCCUAGCCACAUGACACAUCUGCCACAUGCUGCAACCCCCCUAAUGUAAACACAGUUCACACCAGUGCAGCAUGAUUUGCACCAGUGCACCUUGGUGGGUGGGGUGUCACCAGCACAGAUGCAAAUCGAGCUCCGCGGGUGGAAAUUGUGUCUUUGCGGAGGGUGUUGCACCGCGGCUCUAAAAUCCCAGUGUGAGUAUGUGUCUCUGCACACACCACUGGCCUGAAAGGGAGUGAGGGGCCCAGGGUUUAGAGAUUAUCUUGUGGUCCUUAAUGUGAAGAGGGACACACCAAAGAUCCCCCACUGUGGCGUUACAAACCUUUGGACUGAUCGGCCGGAUUCCUGCAGCCUCCUUUCAUAGCCAGGGCUCCCGGUGGCUGCAGACAAAGCACCAGAGGGUGAAACUAGGGGCACUGCAGCCCAGCUCCUGCCACUCAGCCGACCGGGGUGAGUGAAUGACUUAUUAUUCCUCUCCUGCCAUUCACAAGGUGCCUCCCUCUGAAGCGCCAGAAGUUUCAAUGCACCUGCCACAAAAGGGCGUUUUCUCCACUACAGGGAUCAAACGCCGGGGACACAGAGGCAUGUGAAAUGCCUCAUUUCCCUCCAGAGUGUGGGCUUUCCCCCCCGCCCCUCCACCACCAUCCUCCCCUUUUAUUUAGAAAGAAAGCAAGAAAAUAAGUUUUGUUGGGAUUCUGUGCUGCUCCUGGGAUCACUUCAGCAUGUGGCCAAAGGGGGCUGCGUGGAUUAGAAAUCACAAGGGGAAAAGGAAGGACUUUGGGGGAAAAUGAUUAGUGUUGCUGUUGUUGUGUUUAUCUCUAGCACCCAGAGGAUUGUGGUGGGUGUUGGAUACAAGUAUGUUUUACAAUAGAAGGUCUCUGUCCCAAAGUGCUUACAUCAAACAGGCGAGACCAAGGGAAGGGGAGGUGUGCACCAUAGAGCGAUCAGUGAUGGUUAGUAAGUGUUGUGUUAGUUUCACGAUGAUUGUGGAGGGUAUUUCAUUUUUUUCUUUGCUUUAUACAUAUGCACCGGGCACACACACUCUGUUGCUCUCUUUCCCUCCCCCCCAUACACACACACACACACACACACACACAACCAUACACCUACUUGCACAAUCAUACAUAGACACUCACACAUACACGCACCAGACACACAAGCAGCACUAACAAACUUAUGCAACACACACUACCUUAGUCACACAGUCACUUGCACAUACUACCCGUACACCACACACACACAACAUAGACCCACACACACCACACCACACACACACACACACAAAACAUAGACACACACACAACACACUACACACACAUAGACACACGCAUAACAUAGAUGCACUACACCACGCAUUCUCAUACGGUCCCAGACCCAUGCUGACAGCUGCAUAAUCACACUCACAGAUAACCACGUUAGAUGUUUAAUGGGGUAAGGAGAAGAGCGUGAGAGAAAAGGGCAGAGCUCUUUGAAAAACGAAAUUUUCCUUUCAUGGGAAAUCUCAGCAUCUCAAAUUAAUUUCUGUUCCAUGUUGGAGCAGAAAAUUGAACCAUGAAAAACUUUUUGCAACAUGAAAAAAAUCCCCAAAAGUUCCCAAUAGGGAACGUCAGACCAGGGACAUUCUGCGUUUUUUUCCAUCGGAACGAAAUGAUUUUGACACAUUGAAACAAAAUAUUGUCUUUUGAAGCCACAUUUGAGAAAUGAAAAUUUUCCUUUCAAACUGACAUUUCGAUCAAAAUGAGAUGUGUCCAUUUCGAUUCUCCUGAGCCGAAAAUCAAAACAUUCCAUCACGGUUUCCCCACAGAAAAUGUCAGCGAAACCACUGGAGUUUUUCAGCUGAAAAAUCUGGACUCUCUCUAACUGUGGGAAAGAGGGUUAGCGGGUACAAGGGGGGAAAGUGGAGGUCAGUUAGCUAGGGAGAGAGAAGUUCUGUUUUAAGCAUCCCCAGUGGGCUGUUUGCUCCUUGAAACAACCUCACUUCAUAUUGUCUCUUUUAUCUUAAACUGGGUGGCUGGACACUAGACACCUGGAGUGGGAGCUCAAAAUCAUGAGAAAUGAUGGGAUAGAAACCAGUGGGAUGAUCUGAUGGUCUCUUCGGGACUUAAAAUCUAUGGAAUGAUGCAAAGCACCCAGGAGAUUUAGGAGCACACAUCUCAUUGGAAAUCGGUGGGCCUGUGCUCCUAAUUUGCUUGGGCACCUUGGAAAAUCUCACCCCUAGAUAUUAUGGUGAGGGGCCUGUUAGAAACACAGACAGAGGAAGGUGCAGUGUCACUAAGGCCUGGUUAAUACAGUUUUUGUAUCGUAAUGCCAAUGUGGAUUCGUGCUGUGAUUUUUUUUUUACUGCUUUAGUUAUACCGCUAAGGCCCAGAGCUAUGGGUUGGGAGACCUGGCUUCUGUCUCCAGCAAUGCCACUGGCUUGCUGGGUGACCUUGGACAAGUCUCUUCCUCUUUCUGUGCCUCAGUUUCCCCUCUUAUCCUGUGGGGCUCCAUUGGGGUGGGGGUUUGAUGCCUGUAGAUGCUACUUCCCUAUGAAUAAUAAUAAUACUCUGAAUAAAUAAUAUCCG